UCACGUCUUCCAUAGUCUGGACGAACCUAGCCGUGGAGCUCCGCGGCCCUUCCAGGCGGGGCCUCCUGAGCGCUUGGGGUGUGCGGGGCGGCGGCCGUGCCCUCGGGGCGGCUCCGGGCGGCGGCGGCCAGUCCAGGACUGCAGUGCAGCGCGCGGCCGGCAGUGGGCGCAGCAGUGACAGUGGCCGUGGCGCUCGGCGGCGGGCGGGCGGCGCCGGCGGUGCCCCGGGCGCACACACACACAUACACAUACUCACGCAUAUACACACACACACACAGACAUACAUACACACACAUACACUCCGCCUCGUACACACUCACACACGCUCCGGCGCGCACACGCGGCGCGCAGGCCAGAGGGAGGAGGCUCCGCGCGGCUCGGCGGCGGCGGCAGCGUGCUCCGCGGGCGGCCGGGAGGGCUGGCGGGCGGCCCCCGCUCCCCGGCUCCGCGGCUCGGUGCAGCCCGCGCGGCCCCCGCCCUCGGACCCGCCCCCGGGGGUCGCCCGGCCCCAUGCCCUGCAGCGGCGGCAGAGCAGCGCGCGGCCGCAGGAGGCUCUGAGGAGCCCGGAGGGAGCCGGCGACGAAGGGGACCAUGUACCGGGACCCGGAGGCGGCCAGCCCAGGGGCGCCCACCCGCGAUGUCCUGCUGGUCUCUGCCAUCAUCACCGUCAGCCUUAGCGUCACUAUCGUCCUCUGCGGCCUGUGCCACUGGUGUCAGCGCAAACUGGGCAAACGCUACAAGAACUCCUUGGAAACGGUGGGCACGCCAGACUCGGGGCGUGGGCGCAGUGAGAAGAAAGCCAUCAACGACCUAGACAGAGACUUUUGGAAUAACAAUGAAAGCACAGUGCAGCAGAAAUGGAGUUCCUAUCCUCCCAAGGAGUUUAUUCUAAACAUUUCACCCUACGCCCCUUAUGGCGACCCUCGACUGUCCCUCAAUGGCACCCUCCUGUCAGGCGCCAAAGUGGCCACUGCGGCGGCGGGGCUGGCGGUGGAGCGGGAAGGCCGGCUGGGGGAGAAGCCGGCGCCGGUGCCACCACCCGGAGAGGACGCCUUGAGAAGCGGCGGGGCUGCCCCCAGCGAGCCGGGCAGCAGUGGCAAGGCGGGGAGAGGCCGCUGGCGGAUGGUGCAGAGCCACCUGGCCGCAGGGAAGCUCAACUUGUCCAAUUUCGAGGACUCCACCCUGUCCACGGCCACUACCCUUGAGUCUAUCCCCAGCUCCACGGGAGAGCCGAAAUGCCAGCGACCCCGCACACUGAUGCGGCAGCAGAGCCUGCAGCAGCCGCUGAGCCAGAACCAGCGGGGCCGGCAGCCCAGCCAGCCUACUACCAGCCAGAGCCUGGGCCAGUUGCAGGCCCAUGCAGCCUCGGCACCGGGCUCCAACCCCCGGGCCUAUGGCCGGGGUCAGGCUCGGCAGGGCACCUCGGCCGGCUCCAAGUACCGGGCAGCUGGGGGCCGCAGCCGUUCCAACCCAGGCAGCUGGGACCACGUGGUGGGGCAGAUUCGAAACCGAGGCUUGGACAUGAAAUCCUUCCUGGAAGGCCGGAUGGUGGUGCUAUCCCUGGUAUUAGGGCUUUCGGAACAGGAUGACUUUGCCAAUAUCCCUGACCUGCAAAACCCAGGAACCCAGCAGAACCAGAACGCUCAGGGGGACAAGAGGUUGCCUGCAGGAGGGAAGGCUGUGAACACAGCCCCAGUGCCUGGCCAGACACCUCACGAUGAGUCUGACCGCAGAACGGAGCCCCGUUCCUCUGUCUCGGACCUCGUCAACUCCCUGACCAGCGAGAUGCUCAUGCUCUCCCCAGGCUCCGAGGAGGAUGAGGCCCAUGAGGGCUGCAGCCGAGAAAACCUGGGUCGCAUCCAGUUCAGCGUUGGCUACAACUUCCAGGAGUCCACACUCACCGUGAAAGUCAUGAAGGCGCAGGAGCUGCCGGCCAAGGAUUUCAGUGGCACCAGUGACCCCUUCGUCAAGAUCUACCUGCUACCCGACAAGAAGCACAAACUGGAGACCAAGGUGAAGCGGAAGAACCUGAACCCACACUGGAACGAGACCUUCCUCUUUGAAGGUUUUCCCUAUGAGAAAGUGGUGCAGAGGGUCCUCUACCUCCAGGUCCUGGACUAUGACCGUUUCAGCCGCAAUGACCCCAUUGGGGAGGUGUCCAUCCCUCUCAACAAGGUGGACCUGACCCAGAUGCAGACCUUCUGGAAGGAUCUGAAGCCAUGCAGCGAUGGGAGUGGGAGCCGAGGGGAGCUGCUCUUGUCUCUCUGCUACAACCCCUCUGCCAACUCCAUCAUCGUGAACAUCAUCAAAGCUCGCAACCUCAAAGCCAUGGACAUCGGGGGAACAUCAGACCCCUACGUGAAAGUGUGGCUGAUGUAUAAAGACAAGCGGGUAGAGAAAAAGAAGACGGUAACAAAGAAGAGGAAUCUGAACCCCAUCUUCAAUGAGUCUUUCGCCUUUGACAUCCCCACGGAGAAGCUGAGGGAGACCACCAUCAUUAUCACUGUCAUGGAUAAAGACAAACUCAGCCGCAAUGAUGUCAUUGGCAAGAUCUACCUGUCGUGGAAAAGCGGCCCAGGUGAAGUCAAGCACUGGAAGGACAUGAUUGCUCGCCCCCGGCAGCCUGUGGCGCAAUGGCACCAGCUGAAAGCCUGAGUGGGUCCGAAGGAGCUCCAAGGGCCAAGGCCUGGGUUCCCAUCAUGCCCCCACCUCUUUAUGCACAAUGCCCAGCCUGGACCCCUGCCAUGGGUGAGGGGAGAACCCUGAAGGCUCAGCCAGGGAGGGGUACCGGAACUCUACUGGGCCCCAUUUCUAGGAAGUACCAGCCCCACCUCCACGAGUCCAGCUUGGGGGUGGGAGCUCUGGGAGCCAUUUCCCUGCUUUGCCUCUUUCUUUCCUGAUUUGCUGAUACUAAAGAAGUGGGGGAAAGCUCAAGAGCCAGAGAGGCCGCUCCCUCCAGAGGCCGCCAGGUGGGCGCAGCCCUCCGUUUUCUUUAAGGCAGUGCCUGGAGUGGAGAGAAGCCACCCCUUCCCUAGCCCCCCUUUUUGGGGCCCAAGAGAGGAAGGCCGAGGCGUUUGGCCACGGCCUGGUCUUCAGGCCCGUCCCCAGCUUCAGGUGCCGGCUGGGCCCUGGAUGCCGAGGAUAGUAUAUAGCCUGUGCUCUGGGGUCCUGGAGACAUGGCCCUAUGUAUUUGUGUUGUGUCUACCAUGUGCGUGCGUGCGUGUGUGUGUGUAUGCACGCCCACACAGUGCACACAUGUGCACGUGUAAGCUCGUGCGCACACGUGUGAAGGGGGUGCUCACUCCCCGUCCCCCGGGACCAGCAGUGCUGACUAGCUAUGGAGAGUAGCGGAGUUCCAUGAAGAGAGGAUGAGGUAGGGCUGGGUCAGGUAGAGGUGAAGGCCGCAAGGACACUAGAAGAGGAAGGGUAUGGAUAGCUGAGUAGGAGCCGUCAGGACCACUUUGCCUGUCUCUGUAGCCCCCAGACCCAUAAUUCCCCAGUAGCAACUCCCCUGUAAUGUCAUUCCUUGGGUCUGGGCUCUUGCUUUGUAAGCACCUACUCAUCCUGUGCAUGGCAUUCUACCAGAGCACCACCCUCACCCUUAUCAGGCAUCCCUAACCCCUUACCCAGGGGCAGCCCACCUUCCCAGGUCUCAUAUUCCAGCCAAGUUGGCAUCUGCCCCACACUCUGUGGCUUGGCUACAGUCCCUCAGCCCCACUCCUUACCCCAAUACCGCCAAUUCCUUUAUUUGCAUUGUCUGAUCUACCCCUAACCUCUGGGCUGACUUGACACAUUCCCCCACCCCCACCCCCAGAGCAGUAGCUCUUUCUGCCCUGCCCCCACCUUGCAAAUAGAGGAAGCCGGGAACAUUCCAGGAGUCUGAGGUUGCCAUACCCAAAGAAGCCGCCGUCUCUCCUCAUCCUCUGCUGAGGAGAACUGGCUUCCCCUUGGAAACAGCAGACUCCAGGAUGAUCCCUCUUGAGUCCCGCCAUCCCUCUACGCUGUUUUAGAGAAGACCCACUGUGACAGAGCCUCAAAACCUGUUCAGAGACUGGAACCGGACAUUCCCAGAACCUACCACCAGGUGGCACCAGACCACCACAUCUGUGGUAACAGUUGGUGACCACAGUUCUACCCUGGAUGGCAAGCCUGACACCCCAGGAAUAGAAAAGGCUCUGUCCUGGAUCUACACACCUAGAGCACAGUGGAAGCAUAGAUAUGGGCACAUUUUCCUUUAGUGAGGUUCCCCUUACGCUCAGCUUCCUGCUCUUGGUGGUGAGGUCUCCUUUUUACCCAUAGCAAAAUGUUCUUAAAUUGAAUUUCACACCCCGUCCCCUGGUACCUGGAGGAAUCUCUUAUGUUUUAGGUGAAUCAUUUGUAGGCUUAGGCUGAGGAAUUCUAUGUGAAACAAAUAGCUACCCAUUUCGCUUGUAGAUCUAAAUGCUCCUAUACUGCAGCUUUUGCUUUAAGUGGGAUCUGCCCCAGCGGCCUUGCCCAGCUGGGACCCCAGAAAGGGACCCCAGAGGCUGUGUGUAAAUAGGAGAGGGUACUUUCAAGAGUCUGGAAAUGAGAGAGAAAUUGCUGCUAUCCUUUACUCCACCUGCCUCCGUUCCCUGAGCAUUCCCACAGGACCAUCUGAGGGGCCCAACCAACUUCCACCAACGGGAGUAAGAAUGGCAGGGUUUAUGGGAGUAGCGCUCUUGCAUUUCUUAGCCAAUCAGCUCAGAGAGCAUCACCCACAGAGCUGGUUCCCCUGAGACCUACCUAGGGACGCUGGUGACCCAACCUGGAAUUCCUCGGCCCCCACGUGUAGCUGGAGUGGGGGAUACCGGCAAGAGGUCCCAAAAGGUGCACUCAGCAGAGUGGGUUUGCACAAUAGGCAGUGGCUGAGAAGGAGUCUGGGUAUGGGACAAUUAGGGCAAUUGGGGAGCCGGGGAAGGGGGAAACCUGAGGGUGGGGAGGGCACCAGAGCUCUGCUACCAUCCUCAUAGGGUCCUGGGCAAGUCACCCACACUCCCUGGGCCUCAGUUUCUCCAUCUGUAAAAUGAUGGUAAUAAUACUUCACCUACCUCAUGGGGGAGGUUGUGAGGCCACUAUCACCUGACCCGGGGGGAUCGAGGCAGGAGGGCUCUGAAGGUGCUACCCAGAGCCAAGUUGUCCCUGACACCUGAAAGCAAGGCCCACCUGCCCAUCCACCCUACCCCACAGAGCCUCGAGGGACCACCAGAGCCAAUCUGUCUCUUCACUGUGUCCCAAGCCCCUUUAUGAGUGUCACUGACAUCUUGUGGGCGCCCUAGACUUAGCUGUUAUGUCGUUUAGAUAUCUUUUCUUGUGACCAUCUUCUCCAUGUAACUGCUAUACAAAUUCCACCUGCCCCAGCACACCCCUCCACCUGCCCUCCAGCACUAGAGGCCAGGGAAGGGACAAAGGAAAACAGCCACAAAAAAAAUAAAAAUUAAAAAAAAAAUUUUAAAAAGCCAAGGGGAUUCCCAGCUUGACUGGGCCCCCGGGGUGGGAACUGGUGGCAACUGUUUGUAUUGUGUUUGAGUCCUUGAGCGCAAGUGUUUUAUAAAAAAUAAAACAAAAAUCCACUAUCACAAAAAAAGAAAAAUUACAGCAAAGAGAAAUGAAGAAAAAAAAAAGAGAAAAAGAACCAUACAAAAUUUUCCACCAUAUGCACCCUCUAAGCCAGCAAAAUCUUCCUCUUUGCAAAAUCAUAUUUUUGUGGGAAUGGGCCCUGCUUUUUGUGGCAAGGCCUGUUCUGAUAAAUAAAGAAUCGUGAAAAAGUAGGGCCUUGGCUAUUUCCUCUGUGGGUUCCAGCCCUCUCUUCCCCCAAGGGAAGCAGCAGCUGGGAGUGGGGAGAAGGGGGAGCCUGGGGGUAUCUCCAUUCAGUUUGUCACCUCUGGGACUUGAUUUUUCAUUAGUGGCUUGGGCCUGCCUGAGCUUCCAGCCCACCCUCAGAUCUAGACUGUCAUCUCCACGCUCACCAGGGAGCAAUGCAUGUCCUAGGUGAGGCCUAAGUCAUGCUUAGAAGUAGUCAGCUCUCCUACAGAUCUACAGGGCCUCUCCUGGAGCUCUAGCUGGGAACAUACUCCCUCUCUUCCCAGAGGACCCUUAACACCAUCCCAGGUAGGCAGAAAAAGCGAUGACGGGACCCCAACUCCCACUUCACCGUCACCUGCUCAGCUGCUAUGACUUGGGGACAAUGUCUUCUUCCAGGUCGUGGUGGGGGGAAGGAAGGGUAGGCUGAGAUCUAGGUCGGCCUGAUGGACCUGUGGCCUUUCUCUGACCUGUUGUCUAGGCUGAUUCUCUAUGGUUGGAAGAAAACCUCUCCAAUCUAAAGAGCCCCAUUGGCAAGUUCCAACCUGAGGGCCUGUGAGAUUGGACUCCAGUGCCCUCCUGUCUGUGGUUCUGGCAAGCCAUGUCCUUUGCUGGGCCCUUCGGUGUCCACUAUUCACAAAGAAGCAAUAAUUUCCUAGCCACUCCCUGCUUGGUCCAGGGCAGCUGGCCUGCCAGUUCUCAGGGUACUGCAGAAGGAAAACUAUACCUGCUUCAGAUAGACACUAAGGGAAGCCCAUAUCCAUGGGCCCUGCCCCACUCUGGAGUGAAAAGGGUCACAUACCCUUUGUUCUCCCACAUCUGGGGCCAGCAGCUGCCUCCUCUGUCUAUACUAAGUACCCCCAUUCUGAAGCUUUCCCACCCUUGCCUUUCUGUCCUGUCAGCUUCCUACACUAUGGUUCAAACAUCCCUUUUAAAAGGUGUGUGCUGCUGGGCGUGGCUCAGGUACAGCGCUUGCCUGGUGUGCAAAGGCAUAUGAAAGGGAUAAAAAGCAGAGGUUUCUGGCUUUUAUUCCAGAGAAGGGAGUCCUGGGGUCAGGUAAGUAGCUUCAGGGGCACCCUAAACCAGCCUGGGUUUGGGUUAGGUUUUCUUUGGGAAAGUAAAUCCAGGAAACAACUUUAGCAGAGGCGGUUCAGCAAGCAGAGGUGUCAGACCCUAGCUGCUGGCACAGGGCCUCUGAACUUCUCCGGCUCACCUGCUCUGCCUGCUCUGAGCUACCCAUCCAUCCCUUCAUGUUCCUGAGACCACUUUCUCCUUCAAGUCCCUCCCAGAUACACUGCUUCCAAAGGUCUCACUGGCCUCUCUGAAUUCUGGGCUCUCCUCUCCCUCUCUGAGAAAGACAGCCCAAAGGACAAUCUGAACAUGCUUGACGCCCUAUCCUGAGCCACCCCCAUCUGUUUCUUGUGAAGUCAUCCACUCCCCGUGUCUGAGUCCUGUUUGUGUGUCUGUGUAUAUGUCCAUAUGUGCACAUGUGUGUGAGUGUGGUGUCUCUUAGAUUGUGAGCCCUUGGGCAGGGUUCCCUGUCUGAAUACGCGUCCUGUGAGGCACGUCUGGCUGUGGUAAUAAAUGUCCAUCUUCAGAGUCGCAGUGCCCCGAUGUCUUGAGGAAGCUUUGGGAAAGAUGUCAAAAAAGCCAGUGUGGCUGCAUGGAAGGAGGGGAAGGGCUUUCGGGGAGGGUCUCCAGUUCCCAGUCAUCCCAUUUCCCCCCUUUACCAAGCUCUUGCAGGGACAGUAACAAAACUAGGAAAGAACUCUGCUAAGA